CAAUAACAUUGACUAUAAGAACACUAUCUUAGAUCAAUUGUUAUUGUAUUCUUACUUGUUUUCAAGUCUAGCAAACAAAUAUGUCUAGUGCACAACAAAACUUCAAUGCAGGCCAAGCUCAGGCCAAAACUGAAGCAAACUUUCAAGCUGCUAAGGAUUCAGCUUCGGCAGCUGCAGAUAGAGCUCAAGCAGCUUACAACACGACAGGACAAGCUCGUGAAGAAAACAAGGAGGAAGCUACUGGAUUACUCCAACAGACUGGGGAGCAAGUGAAGAACAUGGCUCAAGGUGCUAUGGACACUGUGAAGCACACACUUGGGAUGGAUAAAAACUGAAAGAAUCCCAUUUGAUUGUUUUAGAUAGUUUCUUUCAAAUGGAAAAUAAU